AUGGAACAUCUUGAUAGACAUGGCGUCAGCUUUUGCUCUCGUACUACUUAUGAUGAUAAUGCUAUUACCAAUGCUAUUGAGAUUUACAACAAACCCAGUGGGGCCCUUCAUUUUACUGCCUCGAAUAAUGACUGUGGAGUUAGAGAUUUCGACAUGGAGAGAUACCAGCUUGUUAAGCAUUUCCGUUUUCCUUGGCCAGUGAAUCACGCAUCCUUGAGUCCUAAUGGUAAAUUACUGGCUAUUGUUGGGGACAAUCCAGAGGGCCUUAUAGUAGACCCCAACACGGGAAAGACGCUGGAAACACUAUCAGGACAUGUGGACUAUUCCUUUGCCUCGGCGUGGCAUCCUGAUGGAUUCACUUUCUCAACUGGAAACCAGGACAAGACCUGCCGUGUAUGGGAUAUCCGUAACGUAUCUCAAUCCGUCGCUGUCUUGAAGGGUAACCUUGGAGCAAUCCGGUCAAUCCGCUACACAUCCGAUGGGAAAUACAUGGCCAUGGCUGAACCAGCUGACUUUGUCCAUGUCUAUGACGUCUCAAAGGGUUAUGAAACAGAGCAGGAAAUCGACUUCUUUGGGGAGAUCUCCGGAAUAUCGUUCAGCCCUGACACAGAGGCGCUCUUCAUUGGAGUAUGGGACCGCACUUACGGUAGCCUCCUUGAGUAUCAUCGGCGCAGGAACUAUUCCUAUCUUGAUUCGUUUCUUUAAGCGAGAAGAAAAGUAUACACAAGGCGUUCAAGGAAUAAAAGAGAGCUCAUACAGCAACCGGUGAACACAACAGAGGCAAACCAUAGAUGUGUUGUGCAAGUGCUAGUAGUUAGUGUCUUUUUGUGUACUUUACCGGCUGAUGUGUUGUAUACUUAUGUCUGGUCUUCUAAAGCUUCAAACUCGUUCAAGAUGUGUACAGAAAGAGCUGGCUCUUUGGUGGCAAAGACUAGAUGAUGUUGCUGAAUCUGGACCCUGGUCCUCUGUUUGGUCGCUUGUGAGUCGUUUCUCUUCUUGUAUUUGUGAUUGUUGUAGAAACUCGAGUGUUAAAGAUCCUUUUGAGCUGGUUCUGAGUUUAGAAUGUGGGAGAUGCUUUAA